AUGCGUGGUAUCUUUGGCUUGGCUUUAAUUCUUGCUUUGGCAGUCAAUACUGUCUCUGCUUUCAGCAACAAGGUUUUCCUCAUCCGCCACGGCGAGAAACCAGCAAAUCAUAAUGUGACCGGACUCAGUGCCCAAGGUGAAGAACGUGCUCAAUGCUUACGACACGUUUUCGGUGCAUCUUCAGGAUACGAUAUCGGUUAUAUUAUUGUGGAAGAUUAUAAAUCUGACGGAUCUCGUGAUCGACCAUAUGAAACAGUUGAACCUUUAGCAAAAGAUUUAGGAUUAACGAUUGAUCAUCAUUGUUCAAAAGAUGAUACAAAAUGUGCAAAAGAUUCGAUCAAAUCUUAUGCUGAUAACAAUAAUGGAAACAUUCUUGUUUGUUGGGAACACCAAGAAUUGGGCAAAAUUGGUGCUGCACUUGGUGGAAAGUUUGAUUAUCCUUCUGAUCAUUUCAAUCUCAUUUACGAGAUUUACCAUAAAGAUUUGACAAGCAAUUCGCCUUACUCUGAAAAUUGCCCAGGUUUGGACAAUUAA